AUGCUCUCCAGACAAAUCCGGUCUCUAAUAUCAUCAAGAGCGCUCUCAGUUGCGGUACAAGAUGCCACAUCCUCCAGUAGUUCUGCCGUCUCAGAUACCCGUAGAGAGUUGUGGCGAAAACCAGACAGUCCAUUUGUCAAAACUCCACAAGCCUGGGUGUCGAGUCUGGAAACUAUUGAAGACGAAAAACUGGGCCUUGUAGAUCUCCAUCCGGACAUUUUUAGAGCUACUCCACGUAUCGAUAUUCUUCAUCGUAAUUUAACAUGGCAAAGCGUCUAUCGAAAUGUGCAAAUGACAAAAAUGUUAACAAAGGCCGAAAUGCCUGGUGGAGGUCGAAAACCGUGGCCACAAAAGAAAACGGGACGUGCCCAUGUUGGAUCGAUUCGUGCUCCACAAUUCAUUCGAGGAGGUUUUGCAAACGGAGUUCGUGGGCCUCGUACGUGGUUUUAUAUGCUACCAGAUGCUGUUAGAAUUCAAGGACUUUGUGUUGCGCUCACGUUGAAGCAUGCUCAAGAUGACUUGCACAUUGUUGAUAACAUCCAAAACCUUCAAAAUGAAGAUCCCAAAUAUUGGAUUGAUCUUUGUGAAGCCCGCAACUACGGCUAUUCUGUCCUUUUUGUUGAUGACAACGACGAACUGACUGGUGGCCUCGCUGAAGCACAACAAGCACUUCCAUGGCUCAAUGUAAUGCCUGUUUACGGUCUGAAUUGUUUCUCGCUUAUCAAAUACGACACAGUAGUUUUGACGAGAAGUGCACUUGACAAGAUUGAGGAACGAUUGUUGACCCAUAUUCAUCGAGCUGGGCCACUGAACAAGAAAUACAAAUACAUGGAUAUGAAAGAGAAGAUUCUACAAGAAGCAGAGGCAGAAGAGGAUCCACUUAUGCCGCCAGUUGUUUAA